CUAAAGCAGUUUUAUUACUUGAAGCAUGUUCUACUACAUUAGGAGAUUAUUAUUUAGGAUUAGCAAAAAUUAAUGCAGACAUUAAAAAAUUACCAUUACAACAAUAUUCAUCAUUUAAACAAGAUUGCUUUGAUAUUAUUAAUAGCUGA